AUGGGUCUACAGGGGACACAAAGUCUCUGCGCACUCACCCUGGGCUGCGUGUUCCUCUGCGUCCUGCUGACCACCACCGCUCGGACUGUGCCAUCUUUACGCACGGACACGCUUCUCUGCUACUUUUGCCCAUUGCAAGACAAGUCCGAGUCGUGCGAAAACUUCACCACCCAGUGCACUCCCGACCAGGUGUGCGCCAUCUCCAGGGGCCACACCGGCUCCCUCCACGUCAUGUCUGCCCAGGGGUGCGUCAAGCGGGACCUGUGCGGCUCCCACCAGUCCAUGUCCAAACUCGGGGUCAGAUACGACGUGAGUCACAGCUGCUGUUGCGAAGACAAGUGCAACUACCGACCCAAGUCUGAAGGCAGCCUCAAACUUCUGCUGGGGAUGAUCCAAGCGCUCGAUAGCGAGGUCCAUGUACGAGGAGCCGCACACAUGUCCCUGUUGUGGCUGUACCUCCUGCUCCCUUCACUGAUGUGUGAGAACAUGCUCUGCUACUACAGUCCCUACAGCACCAAGGAGACACAGGGGAUGUUCAAGCUCGUGGUGACCGAGUGCCCCCCCAAACACGUGUGCUACAAGGCCCAGGGCUACUAUGGGGCCCACGCCACACUCACACAGCGUGGAUGUAUGCUUGUCGAGAGCUGCAGCCAGGGGAAAAAGAUCAGCCUGAGAGGAGCCAUAUUCAACACCACCUACUCCUGCUGUGAAUGGAACUACUGCAACUCCAGUCCCAGCACUUCUGACACUAUGAUCAGAGUGUUCAUCAGUACUGCUGCUCUGAUACUGCUGCUGAUGGAAAACUGA